GAGCACAUUAUUCCCUCUAAACUCCGGAUCAGGACAGUUUUGUAAACGCGGAUCUUUUUCUCAUUAACAAUCUGAACUUCAAAGACAAGGAUUAGAGAACUUUUUACAGAUUAUUAUUAUUAAUUUUCUCUCUCACUGGAUCAGAGUUUAUACUGAGAGAUGGAGCUCGGCGGUGCAGUUAUGAAAGCUCUGAUUUUCAUCACAUUUUCUCUUCAUUUUUCAUCAGCAGUCACACACACUCUGCAGUACGUCUACACUGGAGUUACACCAGGAAUAAAUUUCCCAGAAUUCACCACUGUGGGUCAGGUGGACGGACAGGAGUUUGAGUACUAUGACAGUAACAUCAAGAGAGACAUACCGAAGACGGAGUGGAUACAGAAGCAUGUGGGAGACGAUUACUGGAGCGGUGAGACACAGAAAAGUCAGGGUACUCAGGAGAACUUCAAAGUCAAUAUGGCUACAGCAAUGCAGCGUUUUAAUCACACUAAAGGAGUUCACACUUGGCAGUACAUGUACGGCUGUGAGCUGGAUGAUGACGGCACCACUAGAGGAUACAGACAGUUAGGUUUUGAUGGAGAGGAUUUUAUUAUAUAUCAACUGAAAACUGAAACCUGGACUGCAGCCAAACCUCAAGCUCUCAUCACUAAACACAAGUGGGAGUCUGAUGCUGGAUUUAUGACUUACAUGAAGAACUACCUAGAGAAAGAGUGUAUUGAGUGGUUAAAGAAGUAUGUGUCUUAUGGCAGAGAGACUCUGGAGAGGAAAGUUCGUCCCAAAGCGUUAGUGUUCCAGGAAGAGUCUUCUCCAGAGGUGGUGUGUCAUGCUACAGGUUUUUUCCCCAAAGUAGUGAUGAUCAGCUGGCAGAAGGACGGAGAGGACGUGCAUGAGGACGUGGAGCUCAGAGAGACGUUACCCAACCAGGAUGGAAGCUUCCAGAAGAGAAGCAUUCUGAAAAUCACAGCUGAGGAGCUGGACAAAUAUACCUGCGUGGUUCAGCACAGCAGCUUGGAGAAGGACUUAGUGCUGAAAGUGAGCGAUCGCAGAAUCCUGAAAGGUGGAGGAUCGAUUGCUAUCAUCAUCGCUGUAGUCGCGGCUCUCGUCGCUCUCGUCACUGUCGCCGUUGUUGCUGGAAUUGUGAUCUGGAAGAAGAAGAACUCUGGCUUCAAACCUGUUGCACAAAACUCUGCUCAAGCCUCUGAAGGAGAUUCUUCCUCCAACAACUCUUAAAGUCUGACUGUGUGUCUUCCUGCUGAACUGAGAGAGAGGGACGAAGAGCGAGGGAGGAGGAACACACACACACACACACACACACACACACACACACACACACACUAUUCCAGUGAGUAAUCUUGGUGUAUGAUUUGAUUCUGAUUAUAUUUUGUUAUUGUUAUAAAAUGAGAUUAUUAGUGAUUGUUGGUUUAUUUUUUGUUCUGUGUGUAAAUUCUCUGGAGUUUCUACUGUCUGUACUUUGGUGUGUGUUCACACUCUGCUGUUCUCUUCUCUCUGAGCUCAGUGCUGUAGGAUCUGCUUUAGGGGGAAACCAGGUUUAGGACUAAAGAUUAUCAGUGAUGAUGAUGUCAUAGUGAUGUCACUCUCCAUUCUUCCUCUGGGAUCUUCAUCACUUACAAUAUACACAAAACACAAUUAUCAGUUUUAAACCCUUCUGUUUAUGACAAAUUCAACUUUACAUUUAAUUUACUUUACACUCUGUACAAUCUCACACACACUUUAUUAUAUCAGAUGAUUUCCUGUAGA